UUGGUGUGUAGCCGCAUCUGAUAACAACAAAUCAAUAGUUACCCACGGAUGUCACAAGAUAAAGAAUAUAUAUCAGCUACUUGUUCAUUGAUGUAUCACAUGAGUAUAGUAUAAUACGUUUCCUCUCGUAUGUUACUUGUUUGAAGAGGUGUACACCUGUGGAAUUGGGUGGAUAUAUCGAAAGAUGAUCGGCAUGAUAUUAUGCUAAUACGAUGCAAGUGAGGGUUAACAAUCCUAAUUGAAAAAUGAGGUACAAGUGUUAAAGUAGUAAUACCGAAAAAGAGACCAUUUGUCAUGGAUGUACAAGCUAAAUUAACUAAUAGCAAUCAAGAUUUUGAAGCCACGUCUACAGAAGCCAAUGGAGAAUUAGGGAUUGAGAACGACUCUCUAGUGGCAGUGAAGGUCGAUAAUGUGACUGCAGACAAUAACAAAAAUAAAAAGAGACCUGUCACUGACUGGCUACUGCUGUGGUUAUGCUGUAUGUGUAACUUUCUUUUGGUUGGUUAUUCGUACGGUAUUGCAGUGUUAUUUCUGGACAUGAAGUGGACUUUCGGUUCCAGUCGAUCUGAUACAUCAUUAAUACAGUCCAUGAAUAACGGCUUAAUGUUUGGCGGUGGUAUAAUUUCAUCCUUUGUCACCAGUGUAAUGGGCAUUGGUGAUGCCUUCUCGGUUAGUGCCUUGGUAGCUAGUCUUGCAGCAAUUGGUGGGUUUGUGUUCGAAAAAUUGCCACUGGUUAUCCUUAGUGUAGGGGUUAUAGGCGGUUUAGCAUUGUGUGUCAUGUUCACCAGUCUGUUUAUAGUAAUUGGUCGAGUUUUUAAAGACAAGUAUAAUAUGGCGCUGUCUUGUCUUCUUCUUGGGGGAGGAAUUGGUUCAUUCGUCUUCCCCAAUGUAAAUGCUGUGUUACUAGAAAACUAUGGAUGGCGAGGCACAUUUUUAAUUCUUGUUGGCGUGAUGCUGAAUACUUUGCCGGUUGGACUGCUGAUACGUUCUUUGUUAUCUACAAAUGCAACCACCACCGGUUCCAUUAAAAAGCGAUGCCUCGAUAGUCCGUUUUUCCAAUCGCAUAUAUCACUUUGGAGAGAUCCUUUAUUUGUGACUUCCAUAGUGUGUCUUAUACUAAGGUCUGUGCCCAUUGGAUUAGUAACGUUCUUCAUGUUGGAUAUAGCCGAAUACAAACAAUUUGACCUUUCCACAGGUUCGUUGUUUUUAUCGGUAGUGGGGUUUGGAAACCUGAGUGGUCGAUUUUUAGCACUGCUCACGAGACCGAUCAUGAAGGUGUCCCCAGUCAAAGAAUACGCUUUGUACAUUAUGUUCUCUGGACUCGCAAUAUUCGCACUUGCAGUAGCUGAUAGUUAUGUGUUCAUAUUGGCAGCAUGUGUAUGGUUUGGUCUAGCGUAUGGUAUGAUAGCCUCAACAGCUGCCACAACUGUCUUCUUCAUAGCUGGCGAAGAACAUUAUCCUUCUGCAUUGGGUAUAUUUAAUACAGGCAUGGGGAUAGGAUUUGGAAUAGCCGGACCAAUUGGAGGUGCGAUAAAGGACAGCGUGGAUUCAUAUACCUACGUUCUGUUUGGUUUUGCUACAGUUAGUUCAUUUUCUGGCAUUCUGCUGAUGACGGUUGCCUGUUGUUUUGAGAAAUCCAAUCUUAGAUAUGAAUAA